AUGGCAAAAGCAAAAACCAAAAAAUCAUUAUUCGGAAUAUUUGCAUGUGGUGGUAAACAAGAUACAAUACCAUCAACAUCACGCGAAAUAAUAGAAAAAGCAAAUUCACCAAUACAACCGUUUCCGAAUACUCGCAACGUAGAAAAUAGUCAUGGUAUCACGCUAGAAGAUCACACAAAAAAGAUCGCGGAACUAUUAUCUCGAAUCGAAUCUUUAAACACGGAAAACGAGCAAAUAAAGUCGAAUUCCGCUCUUCUCUCCGAAAAAAUAAGCACCCUCUCGUCCGAGAAUCAACAAUUGACCGAGCAAAAUGAAUUACUUUCCGCCGGUGAAUCACAGCUCGCGCAACUUCUAUCCGUGAAGAAUCAACUUUCAUCGGAUAAUCAUCGGAUCACGCAGGAGCUAGAUAACCUGAAGCGUGAAACCACGAGUUACAAGUCAGACGUGGUGGCGAUUCGUGAAGAAUCCAUCAAGAUCCAUUCGGAAAAUGAGUCGUUGAAAGCGGCGAAUGCCCAAUUUUCGCUUCAGAUUCAAAAAUUGGAAAAGGAACUCGAGAUGUUUAAAGUAAAUAUGGAAGAGUUGCGAUUAGAACGUGAAUCUUUGGUAGAAGAGAAUAGAGCGUGUCAUAAAGAAGUUGAGAGAUUAAAUAGUCAAACCGAACAGAUGAUACAAGAGCGUCAAAGCCUCGACCUUGAAUUUGGAAAAUUAGAAUCAGAAUGCGAAAACUUUCAAAAAGAAUUGUCACAAUUGUCGAAAGCUAACGAGACACUAAUUGCAGAUUCAAUGAAUCUGAAACGUGAGAAUAAUAUAUAUCAACACGAACGUGAACAACUACAUGAUGAACUAGAACAAGUGGCAAGACUAAACGCGGAAAACGAACAAUUAUUCUCACAAAAUAAUGAGCUACGAAAACAAAUGGCCGAGAUAGGUCAAACAAACGACGCUCAAAUACAAAAAACCAACAAUCUCGAAUUCGAAAAUCGACAAUAUCGUGACAAAAACGCGCAACUUUCCGCCAAGAUCGAGCAAUUACAAACCGCGAGUAAACAGGUGCUCGAGAAGUACAAUAAUUUGAUUUUAGAAGCUGAGAAGGUCAAGGAAGAUUGUGAAAUAACUUAUCACAAUAAUUUAUUGGAGCUGAAACGUGAAUGCAACAAGUACAAAUUUGAUUGUGAAGCUUUGCGUCAGGAAUUAAAAGAAUCGCACGAACGAAGUGAACUGAUUAAUUCCCAGUAUUCUCAUCAGGUUCAAGAGGAGAAAAAAUCGAACAGUCGUUUGAAAAAACAAUUGUUGAAGUUUGAACAAGAAAAAGUGAAAUUGGAACAAGAACAUGAUCAAGUGAAACAGCGGUAUAAUAAGAUUGUUGGGGAAACACGUAGAUUAUAUGAAGAAAAUAUGCGAUUGAAGCAAGAGAGUAAAGAGAGGGAAGUCAUAUUGGCGAAAUCAACUGCUAGUGGUCGAGCAAUCCUUGAUAAAGGAAAUAGUAAUAUUCCAAGGUAUGGCCAUCAUCACCGCCCCAUUACAACUUCUCCGACAAAAGUUUCACCAUCAUCAUGA